AUGCGUUGGAUUUCUAUCGUCGCUGUUCUCGGCGCUGUUGCUAGCGCUCGUCCGCUGUGCCGUCCUGAUCGAUCGACUACGACUGGUCUGCCCUCGACUACAGCGACUACGAGCGUUGAGACUUUGAGCACUGAAUCUGCGACUGCUACUGAGACCUCGGCUAUUGAGACUGCUGUUACUUCUGCUACUACUUUUACUGAAUCGGAGACUGCUACUGCGACUACGGGUUUCACUACUGUUACUACUGCGGUUACCAGCGAAGCUGCGACUACUACCUCUGACGCCCCCGAGGCUACCAACUACAUCCAGAACGGCGACUUUGAGGAUAGCCCCAACACUGAUUGGAGUGUUCGAACCAGCGAUAUCAAGGACGACCCUGAACGAGCUCACUCCGGCAACAAAUACGUCCAAUACGACGUUGAUAACUCCGAAGCCGUCGGUGGUAACCAACUGAACCAAACUGUCAAUGGUCUCGAUACCGAGCGUCUCUACCGUCUUACAGCCUACGCCACUGUCUUCAACACUCCUGCACCUGUCAAGGACGAAAGCACCAUCUGCGUCAUUGAAGCUCUACAAGAGAGCACGAGCAUAGCUCAGUGGCGCCUUGACUUUACGAAUCUGGGUACAUACAAGCAGUAUUUCGUCGACUUCACGCCAUCUGAUGACGAUGUUACUGUUACGAUGAGGCUUCGGUGCAGUGAUGGAAAGAAGGUUACUUUGUCUGUUGGUCUGGAUGAUGUUUCUCUGUAUGACAUUGGUCCUAAGCUUGUUGGCUAA